AGUGCUAUUUCAUCACUGAUAUACAAAAAGAGGGGGGAAAUGGCAUCGACCUCAAUGUCCUCCCGUGGGUGUGGUUCAUGGACAGCCAAGCAAAACAAAGACUUCGAAAGGGCUUUGGCUGUUUAUGACAAGGACACCCCCGACCGUUGGUACAACGUUGCCAAGGCUGUCGGAGGCAAAACUGCCGACGAAGUUAAGAGGCACUACGAGCUGCUCGUGGCGGAUGUCGAGUACAUAGAGUCCGGUCAAGUUCCCUUCCCCUAUAGGUCCUCUGCAAAUUAGCCCCAAGAAUGUUGCAUGUCAGCUGCAAUAAAGAAGAUCAUCGGGUAGUAGCUACUAUUAAUUUAUAGAAGAAUCAGUCAUUAAUGAUUAUCUUCUAAGUUUU